UGGUUUGCAGAACCGUCGUCUACUGGCACAUGCUGCUUCAGCACUGCAAAAAUUCAUUGAGAAAUGUGCUAGGGAUAUCUUGACACCUUAGUUGGAUGAAGUGGUUUCCCAAUGGGUUGUACUUUUGCAGAGUGAGAUACAAAUGGUGCAUGUAGAAGCAUUGACUGCUUUGGCAUCAGUUGUUGUUUCAUUUCCGAUGUCGAAUUCUGAAUUAGAGGACAAGAUUUUCAGCUUGUUCAAGGAUUUUAUGGCCGGGAUUGCCAAGUUUGAGGAAUUGGUGCCCAUGGGAAGCACAUUUCUCAAUGGCUUUCAGCAUGCACUGGAAGUGCAAUCAUGCCAACUUGGACUUCAUGACCAUAUAUGUAAAGGAAAAGGUAUACUUAACGAACUGGAAUGCCUACUGGAAGAUGUAAGUGGUGCAAUGCAAGAUAAAUCCUUGUUCCAGGAUGACAAUUUGGGUGAAAGAUUGAAUGAACAAGCAUGUAUCAAUGACAAGGAAGAAAUUGCCUCGCCUUGUCCCAGAAGAAAUGAAGUUACUGAUUAUGCUAUCCUGAUGGCAGUCAUUUAUCAUAUGGUCAAGCAAGAAUAUAUGAUGCAGGAAAGAAUUGUUUCUGCAUUAAGUCUCAAGUCAUCUUCCGGAGAAUUAGAGAGCUACUGCCUUAUGUGGUCUUUGCGUCCUUACAUAGAUGAAGAAAUUAUGGGUCAUGCUUGGAAACUUAUACACUGAAAUGUUAUCGGAAUCUGAGUGGCGACGUUAAUUUACUAGAAGUUCUUACUGUAAUCUCAUGAUCUGACAGUUAUCAUUUGUAGCUAACAGAUUCUGUAGACUAACCAAACAGUUGUCGGGGAUUCUUUGUAUUAUUAUUAAAUAAUUCUUUACAUCUAGGCCAUUUGUAUUUACAAGUCAUUAACCAUCCCAAAGUUUGGUGGUUUGCUUCAAGUUUUGAAGUUAUGAAAAAUAGGACUAGCUGCAAGGAGGUCUUCUGUCAGGUUAUUGUCGUUGCCAAUCUUGCAGUCUGUGAAAGUCUCAAAGUUGGUCUUGAAA